GCGCCUGGUGUGAGCCGCCACCUUUGCUAAAUUUUCCUCUCGCAAAGGCAACUACCAGGUGUGGUUGGGCUUCCACUCAUCAUACAUUUUUCGCACGCAUCGGAUAACCCCUCACUGCCACAGGUACUUUAAAGCAGAAAAAUUACCCCAAACUCCACUUGGGCCUCCAAGGCAUCCAUACCCUUUGUUCAGGUGGAGCAAAGAAACCACUUACCAAAAUGCCUGGGCCAACACCGACUCCGUUCGAGAUCCAUGUUCCGGAUUCGCUUCUGGGCUUUAUCCAUGACAGAGUGCGUACCGCCCGUCUCCCCCCGCCAGUCGCGCACCCGGACGGUAAGGCGGCAAUGUACGGUGUCACCCACGAAGCUAUGACCGCGCUGCAGGACCACUGGAAUAACAGGUACAAUUGGCGGGCAGUUGAAGACCGGCUUAAUAGCUCGCUAAAACAGUUCAGCGUUCCGAUACUGCACGAGGGUGAGGAUCUCAAUAUUCAUUUCGUCCACCAUAGGUCCCCGCAACCGGAUGCUAUCCCCCUCAUAUUCGUCCAUGGAUGGCCCGGCUCUUUCUUGGAAGUUGAAAAGAUUAUAACCCUUCUCACGCAUCCUCCCUCCGAGAAAGCGCAGGCUUUUCACGUUGUCGCUCCAUCUCUACCCGGGAUUGGAUUCUCGAGUGCUCCAAAGUCCAAGAACUUCGGACCCGAGAAAAUUGCCGGGGUUUUUCACAAGCUGAUGAUGAUACUUGGGUAUGAUCACUACGUUUCCCAAGGUGGGGAUUGGGGAUCCAUGAUUUGUCGCUGCCUCGCAGUGGAUCAUCCGAAAGCAUGUCUCGGUGUCCAUUUAAACUUUAUUCUCGCUCUUCCCCCUUCAGCCUUGAAGAAUCCUCUCGAAUUAUUUUAUCUUGCAACCCGGUGGAUGACGGCCCAUCAGAAAAAGAUGAUUGAGCGGAUGAUUUGGUGGAGGCAAGAGGAGAGCGGGUAUGCGGACAUGAUGAGUACAAAGCCAAUGACUAUCGCUUUUGCGCUGGUGGAUUCGCCGCUUGGGUUCGCCGCUUGGAUCAGGGAAAAGAUCGACUCCUUGGUGGAUGGUUAUGAGUGGACGGAGGAUGAGAUCAUAUCUUUCUGCAUGGUUGGCUCCUACUGCUCUUCUCGAUAGGCUUUCCUUACAUUGAUAUUUAGAUGUACAUCCUACCUGGAAACAGCGCAUUCGCCAAUCUCUACAAGGAGGGUUUCGUUGAACUCAAGGCGAAUAUUCUCAAGAGGGUAAUACCUUCGGAGGUGUGCUUCGGGGCUUCGUGCUUCCCCAAAGGCCUGUGUUUCCCCUAUUCCCCCACUUCAUACUCCGCCCUCCGCUAACGACAUACAGAUGUGGGAUAUUGCACACCCGGGUGGGCCAAAUGUCGUGUGGCAGAGAACAUCGUAUUCUGGCGUGAACAUUCAAAAGGCGGGCACUUUGCGUCCCUCGAGACCCCGGAUGCCUUGGUGGAGGACAUUAGAGAUUUCUCGGACAAAAUCGGCAGCGAGAGCUGGAAAAAAUUGAUUCAUGCAGGUUCGGAGAAGCACUAAGACAGCCAUUUUUUUUGUCUUUUGUAAUAACGAAACAAAAUUUGGGAGUAUCUUCUGAU